AAACGUUACCCUGUCUAAAUAGUGAUUGAGCUACGAGUCGACUAGUUGUCUAUUUAACACUCCACUGAAAAAAUCUUAAGUAUCUCAAAUCAGUAUAUUUGUUUUAAGCCAUGGGGAAAAAGAAAGGGUAUUAUGUGUCCGAACUGUUUUUUAAACCAGAAGAGAACACCAACAUUGAAAAGCCGGAAUCGUUCACCGUCAAAGAUUACGAUGCGAUUGUGGAUGAGGUGGUAAACGAACAGCCUAAUAAACAACUGAACGCAGAUACCAAAACAGAAGGAAUAGUUACCGAUAUUUCAAGUGAUGUCCGUCAAACAGAUACACAAGAGGUUGAGGUUGAAUUUUACGAUUUAGAUAUUGAAAAUGACGUGGUGAACGAACAACCUAGUAAACAAGUGAACGCGGAUCCCAAAAAGGACGAAAUAGAUGGCGAUAUUUCAAAGGAUGUCCAUAAAACAGACACGCAAGAUAUAGUAAAUGGCGUGGCCAACGAACAACCUAUUAAACAACUGAACACGGAUCCCGGUAAGGACGGAGUAGAUGGCGAUAUUUCAAGUAAUUCCCCUCCGACAGACACAAAAGACUUGGCUAUUGCAAAUGAAGUGGUGAACGAUCAACCUUGUGAACAACUGAACGAGGACCCCGUUAAAGACGAAAUAGAUGAUGAUGAUAGUUCAAGUGAUUCGGACAAAACCGACACACAAGCUGCUGUGGUUUCAGAUGCGAAUGCCAUAGAACCUGUGUCUUAUAAGAAAUUUAAUGGUGCUGAAGAUGACAAUCAACUGAAGAAAGAUGCCAACUCUCAAUCAACGGCAAUCAUCGACGAUGCAAAAAGUAACUUUGAUACCGAAGCGUCUACAAAGCAAGCGAGCGCUACUGAAAGUUCAAAUUUGAAAGCUGCCGAGAAAUUUACUUCAAUUGAACUAGGAGAAAUCAAACACGAACCCAAAAAUAACCCAGCAAUAAACUGGUUCAAACGAAAUAGAUUUUUCGUAAUAGGAAUAGUUGUUAUCGUCUUACUUAUUAUCGUUAUUUCAAUCGCUACUUCAUCACGAAAAAAACCAACAUCCACCGGUAAUCCAAAUGAAAUCCCCCUCUCUUCAACGACUGAAUUCGCAGGUCCACGAAAAGGAACUCUUCCUCCCGGAGUCUACCCUGCACCGGACGUAAUUGAGAAUACAGAAGAUUUUGAUACUACUAAAACGAGCAGUAUAGCGACAUCACUUGAACCGACAACGAUUGAAACGACACCACAAGGCGGAAUAAAUGGCAACACUAUAGCUGCUUCAGUUUCCCCUAUCACUACAGAUGUAAGCUCUACAGCUACAACAACGGAUGAGUACGAUUAUCAUGAAUCAUCUGGAGAUGGUGGAGAGCUAUCAGCUCCAUUAUCGCUAUUCGAAAACGUCUAAAUUCUAUAAUAAGAUCCUUGACAAAUUUAUUUAUUUGUUAUCUUAUUUUCCAUGAAAUCCAUUGGCAUUCUUACAAUAGUCUGUUACUCAUUUGAAAUGUUUCUCAUUAGCGAAAUUUUCCUUACCAACUACUAUGUAUCUUAAAAUGAUACAAAAAAAAAACUUUGUUGGGAUAAUGCGUUGCUACUCGCGUGUGUAAUCGAAUUCAAAUUAUGGCGCCAAAAUCCUUAAAUUGAAAAUGUGAAGUCAAAAUGAACACAUUUGGUGUGAUUGUUUCAUUCAUUAAAAACUUGUAGUACUAAUUUCAAAUAAGACUGCUUCAACCAAAAAACAAGUAAAUCUAAUAUAGAUUACAUAAAGAAAACGCCAUGAAAAAUUAUCAGCGACAACCGGUAACAAGAUAUAAAGGUAAAAGAAUUCCGUCUUUUUAACGAUGCCAAAAUGGAUCUCCUUUUGCUGCCGUCAUCACAAAUGAAAUUCAAUGUGAAAAAAAACAUUUGUUUUUGCACAUUGGCAACAAAAUGGGUAACCACAAUAAUUUUAAAAAUGUGUAGCAUUACUGCGAAAUUCUUGGAAGGGAGGAAUUCCGGAACCGGAAGUAUCAGGACAUGAAAAAAAAACCUAGUACGACGCAUCCCUUUCUGUUAGACGUGUUCACAUUAUGCAAAAGUUCUAAUUACAAUAAAUAUCAAUUUUCUCUGGUUAACAAAUGCACCGGUAUACUGUGACGCGAUGCCACUCGGUCUGGAGAGCCGAGGCAACAGCUGAUCAAGCUACUGUGUUGCUACAUCCCGUCAGGGGAAAAUGUCUGCCCAUGUGUUUGAUGGGCUCGCAUCCGUUCACCCCAAGUCGAUAGAUGAUAAAGCAAGAUCAUGUUCACAUCAUCCCACCUCAUCAGAUAUCCUUCACAUUUCGUCUGCCAGUUGGCCACUGGUUACUGGACUACUCGUGCUUCAGAAAAAUGACGUCUCCCUUCCGGAAUCCGCAAAACGAGAGUACUGCUGUAAUAACAAUUGGUGGUGAUACACCCGGCACGGAAAAAGAAAGUUCCCAAACAAAAUUCAAAGUCCACGAGAACCAGCCUACCUUAAAUAGUAACUCAACACCAACCAGGAUGUUCUUGAGAAGAAGAAUCGUAUUGCUGACACUGGCCCUUAUUUUAGCUAUUGUUAUCAUCACCGUGACCAUUGUCGGGCUUCUCAUCUCAUCAUAUAAUGACCGUCAACAGGCAGAAGCGGAAGCUAGAAAAGAUCAUGGUACUCACAUGGAGAUAGAAAAAUAUGAGGAGAUGGAAAAGAAAAUGAGUUCUAUAGCUUCUGAUUUACCCGAGAGUGACGAUACGGAAAUCGAUGAACGUGACUUUUUACCAGUACCACCAGCUACAACAAAUACGGACAGCAGCGGCAGUGGAUUUGAGCCUUCAAGUACGGAAAAGACUUCGGUGAAUGAGAAUUCUGUUCCUCUAACAGACGAAUAUGAAUCAUCUCAAGAAGUUGGAAGUGGAGAUUCGUUUGAUCACCAUCAAGCCGGUAGUGGAGAUAAGUCCGAAGAUCGACACUUUGGCAUGGGAAGUGGGGAUUUUUCUGGAGACCGACGAGACGUCGGCAGCGGGUUUGAACACAAUCAACCCGUUUAACUCGUCACAACUUACAAGCAAUCUCAUUCCGACCUUCCUCUUGCAACUAUAUAGUACUUUAUAUAAUAAAUACAAUUUAUCCCUGUCACUGCAAAUUCUAUUGGUAAAUUUCUUGUGCACAUGUUAUGAAAGCUAUCCGUAAAAUACAUACAAAAUUCGUGUACCAUUUAA